AUGGCACGCUUCAUCAACCUCCGAGGCAAUAGCCUCAACAUCGCAGCUAUCCUGGGUGUCCUCAUGCCAGGCAUCCUGACAACGGGAUACAACGCGUCAUUACUCGGCGGUGUUCUGACACUCCGGGACUUCGAAGAUCAAUUCCCCGAGAUCGACAUCGCUGCUGCCGAAGACAAAUCCCGUGCAUCGACAAUCCAAGGCCUCGUCGUGGCUGCUUACACUAUAGGCGGGUUCUUCGGUACACUGUCUUGCGUAUGGCUAGGCGACAGGUUAGGCCGCCGACGCACAAUAAUGGCAGGAUCAGUCAUCCAAGUCCUUGGAGCGGUCUUGAUGGCUAGUGCGAGUGCUCUCAGCCAGCUCAUUGCAUCGCGUGUAGUUCUUGGCUUUGGAACUGGUGUUUUUCUGGCCACGAUCCCGCUGUGGCAAUCUGAGAUCUCACCUGCAAAGAAGCGUGGCGCCCAUGUUGGCAUGAAGGGGGUUUUCAGCGGUCUUGGGUGUGCGCUUGCGCUGUUCUUGGACUUUGGGAUGUCUUUCACACGAGGCAGCGUUGCUUGGAGGUUUCCUUUCGCUUUUGUCGUGUUGCUUUCUCUCGCUGUUCUGGUUUCCAUUAUUUACCUACCGGAAUCACCCCGCUGGCUGAUCCGACAAGGCCGGAUUGCUGAGGCUAGUGAGGUCCUAGCUGCUCUCGAGGACACUUCUGUCGGUGAUGAGAUUGUCGAUGCCAAGAUAAAGGACGUCCAAACAUCCUUGGAUUUAUCUGGGGAAAAGUCACUGAGACGGAUCUUCCAUAUGGGCCCUCAAAGAACUUUUCACCGAGCUUUGCUUGCUGCUGGGGCGAUGCUGUUUCUCCAGCUCACCGGCGCAACCGUCAUUACCUUCUACACAACUGCAAUCUUCGAAAAUAAUCUCUCCCUUGGCAACUCAACAUGCACCGUUCUGGCAGCAGUCUACCAACUGGUCGGUCCCCUUGGCGGGGCAUUCUGUGUGCUCAAAAUCGAAGGACUCGGCCGUCGAGUCUUACUCCUGGGCAGUGCAAUCGGAAACACCGUCUGUCUAGCGUUGGUAGCUGGACUCGGAACGCAGACGGAUAACCCUCUCGCAAUGCGCGGAGCAGUCUUUUUCAUUUUCCUCUUUCAUUUCAGCUAUAUCAUUGGAUUCGGCGCUAUACCAUAUCUCUAUGCGACAGAGAUCGCACCCUUGCACCUUCGAACAACCAUCAACAGCUUCAGUAUUAGCAUUUCCUGGGCAGUCAGUAUCCUGCUCACCAGUGUCACACCCAUCGCGUUCAACAGUAUGGGACAGACAUACUUCGUUAUCUUUGCAGGUUGCAAUGCGACCAUGGUUCCUAUUAUCUACUAUCUCUUUCCUGAAACUGCCGGGCGCAGUCUCGAAGAGAUGGAUAAGAUCUUUGCUCUUUCGAAGAAUUCUUUGGAUGUUGUCAAGGUAGCAAGACACCUUCCGCAUGGAGGAUCAGUUGACUUGUCACUCGAGAAGGAUCUUGGUCCUAAUUUCAAGUGCCCCGAGCUUCAGCUUCGUGAGGUCUAUUCACGUUGA